GGGCUCGGCUUUGCCGCGCUCGGAGCACUCGGGCGAGAGCCGGGACGCGCGCCGCAGCUCCGUCCCCGCGCAGCCUCCGCGAUGAGAGGCGCUCGCGGCGCCGGGCACUGGCUCUGCCCGCUGCUCCUGCUGCUCCGCGUCCGGACAGGCUCUUCUCAACCAUCUGCGAGUCCCGGGGGACCGUCUCUGCCAUCCAUCCAGCCAGCAAAAUCAGAGCUAAUAGUCGCCGUGGGCGACGAGAUCAAGCUGCUGUGCACCGACCCGGGCUUUGUCAAAUGGACUUUUGAGACCCUGGGUGAAACGAGCGAGAGUAAGGACAACGAAUGGGUCACAGAAAAAGCGGAGGCCACCAACACCGGCAAAUACACGUGCACCAACGAAGGAGGCUUAAGCAGUUCCAUCUAUGUGUUUGUCAGAGAUCCUGCGAAGCUUUUCCUCGUUGACCGGUCCCUGUACGGGAAGGAAGACACCGACACGCUGGUCCGGUGUCCCUUGACAGACCCGGAGGUGACCAAUUACUCCCUCAAGGGUUGCCAGGGGAAACCCCUGCCCAAGGACCUGAGGUUCGUCCCUGACCCGAAGGCUGGCAUCACCAUCCUUAGUGUGAAACGCGCCUACCACCGGCUCUGUCUACACUGCUCUGCCGACCAGGAGGGCAAGGCGGUGCUGUCCGACAAGAUCAUCCUGAAAGUGAGGCCAGCCUUCAAAGCUGUACCGGUUGUGUCCGUGUCCAAAGCAAGGUACCUUCUUAGAGAAGGGGAGGAAUUCACAGCGACGUGCACAAUAAAAGAUGUAUCUAGUUCUGUGGACUCAGCGUGGAUAGGGGAAAACAGCCAGAGUAAAGCACAGCUAAAACAGAAUAGCUGGCAUCAUGGUGACUUCAACUAUGAACGUCAGGAAACACUGACGAUCAGCUCAGCAAGAGUUAAUGAUUCUGGAGUGUUCGUGUGUCACGCCAGUAAUACUUUUGGAUCAGCGAAUGUCACAACAACCUUGGAAGUAGUAGACAAAGGCUUCAUUCACGUCUUCCCCACGAUGAACACUACGAUGUUCGUGAAUGACGGAGAAAACGUGGAUUUGGUUGUUGAGUACGAGGCGUACCCCAGACCUGAGCGCCAGCAGUGGAUCUACAUGAACAGAACCUUCACUGAUAAAUGGGAAGAUUACCCCAAGUCCCAGAAUGAAAGUAACAUCAGGUAUGUCAGUGAACUUCACCUCACCAGACUAAAAGGGACCGAAGGUGGCACUUACACCUUCCUGGUGUCCAACUCUGACGUCAACGCUUCCGUAGCAUUUAAUGUUUACGUGAACACAAAACCAGAAAUCCUGACUUACGACAGGCUCGUGAAUGGCAUGCUACAGUGUGUGGCGGCAGGGUUUCCCGAGCCCACAAUAGAUUGGUAUUUUUGUCCAGGAACCGAGCAGAGGUGCUCUGCUCCUGUGCUGCCCGUGGAUGUGCAGAUACAGAACUCAUCCGGGCCAGCCUUCGGGAAGCUCGUGGUUCAGAGUUCCAUAGACUCGGGUGCAUUCAGGCACAAUGGCACGGUUGAAUGUAAGGCCUCCAACGAUGUGGGCAAAACUUCUGCCUAUUUUAACUUUGCAUUUAAAGGUAACAACAAAGAACAAAUCCAUCCCCACACCCUGUUCACUCCUUUGCUGAUCGGUUUUGUAAUCGUAGCUGGUAUGAUGUGCAUCGUCGUGAUGAUUCUUACCUACAAAUAUUUGCAGAAACCGAUGUAUGAAGUGCAGUGGAAGGUUGUCGAGGAGAUCAAUGGAAACAAUUAUGUUUACAUAGACCCAACGCAACUUCCUUAUGAUCACAAAUGGGAGUUUCCCAGAAAUAGGCUGAGUUUUGGGAAAACCUUGGGUGCAGGUGCCUUCGGGAAAGUUGUUGAGGCCACUGCUUACGGCUUGAUUAAGUCAGACUCGGCCAUGACUGUCGCCGUGAAGAUGCUCAAACCAAGCGCCCAUCUAACGGAACGAGAAGCCCUGAUGUCUGAGCUCAAAGUCCUGAGUUACCUGGGUAAUCACAUGAACAUUGUGAAUCUUCUUGGAGCAUGCACCAUUGGAGGGCCCACCUUGGUCAUUACGGAAUACUGUUGCUAUGGUGAUCUUUUGAAUUUUUUGCGACGCAAACGUGAUUCAUUUAUUUGCUCAAAGCAGGAAGAGCAUGCAGAGGCAGCACUUUAUAAGAACCUUCUACAUUCAAAAGAGUCUUCCUGCAAUGACAGUACUAACGAGUACAUGGACAUGAAACCUGGAGUUUCUUACGUUGUCCCAACCAAGGCCGACAAAAGGAGAUCUGCGAGAAUAGGCUCCUACAUAGAGAAGGACAUGACUCCUGCCAUCAUGGAGGACGACGAGCUGGCCCUGGACCUGGAAGACCUGCUGAGCUUUGCCUACCAGGUGGCCAAGGGCAUGGCCUUCCUCGCCUCCAAGAACUGUAUUCACAGAGAUUUGGCAGCCAGAAAUAUUCUCCUUACCCAUGGUCGGAUCACAAAGAUUUGCGAUUUUGGUCUAGCCAGAGACAUCAAGAAUGAUUCGAAUUAUGUGGUUAAAGGAAACGCUCGACUGCCGGUGAAGUGGAUGGCGCCCGAGAGUAUUUUCAACUGCGUGUACACAUUUGAAAGCGACGUCUGGUCCUACGGGAUUUUUCUGUGGGAGCUGUUUUCUUUAGGAAGCAGCCCCUACCCUGGGAUGCCCGUGGACUCUAAGUUCUACAAGAUGAUCAAGGAAGGCUUCCGAAUGCUCAGCCCCGAGCACGCACCUGCCGAAAUGUAUGACAUAAUGAAGACUUGCUGGGAUGCUGAUCCUCUAAAAAGGCCAACAUUCAAGCAGAUCGUUCAGCUCAUUGAGAAGCAGAUUUCGGAUAGCACCAAUCACAUUUACUCCAAUUUAGCAAACUGCAGCCCCAAGCCCGAGAGCCGCGUGGUGGACCAUUCUGUGAGGAUCAAUUCUGUGGGCAGCACGGCUUCCUCCUCCCAGCCCCUGCUGGUCCAGGAAGACGUCUGAUCGGAACGAGUCUGCGGGGGUCUCCCACGCAGGGGUGAUCCCCCAUUCUUUCGGCUUCCACGAUGGUUCUUUUGUUUUCCCUCGACUUGCACCCUGCUCCAGGGGAGUGGGCAGCCCACUGUAAAUCCUGUCUUUCUAAGCACACUUUAGUGGCCGCGAUGGCUUUUGUCGUCAGCCACCAUCCCCUUGCAAAGGUUCGAACUGUAUAUAUAUUCCCAAUGGCAAAGUAGCUCCUAUGGGAAACAGAAAAAAAAAAUUCUGAUUUGGAAAAAAAAAAGAGAGAGGGAGGGAUGGGCUAGAUGCCCAGAUGUCUUUCCAAGGGUUUUCCACUUUCUGUUGGAAGAGUCCGGUUGAUAGUUGAUAUGAGUAAGUGGUAGCAGUCACACCUGGCCUUGAGAAUUAGCCAAGAUGAUAGGGUAAGAUUAGAAGCUAAAACCUAAACCGUUUAUAUGGAAAGACAGAACAUGAUUCGAACACAGGACAGACGUGUGAGGAUCUGGACUUAAGGAAUCUGGUGUUUCAUCCUCGGAUUGAGACAUAGGGCAUGAACAAUUAUUCCCUAAGCAUGGGUAAAGGUAGCUGCUGUAGACCACUGUAUGAGUUUUCAUACCGCUCCCCUGGCUUUUGACUAGAGUUUGCUCUUAGGGAGUUGGAGAGAAGGCCUCCCCCGCCAGCGUUUGUAUAUACACUCAUCUAUCCAUUGCCCACGUUCAUACAUUCGAGGGGCGAAACCCCACGAGGUUUCGUUUCUGUGUGCGACCCUAGUGUCGUGUCCACCGUGUGUAGGAAUAGAUUAGGAGCCAUAUACGUUUGAAGGAAACAGAUAAUACUUUUUUUUUUUUUUUAAGUAAAAGAAACGUAACAGCCAAGCACAGUCUUAACAAAAUCUCCUCUUUUAGCCGAUGAACUUGCUCUAUAGAUUCUCCAGAAAACGAGCCUACCAGCUUUGGAAUGGCAUUGCACUUGAUGGAUUUGAUGCCGUUUGAGAAAGUUCCUGAUUUACUGCGUGACCCCCACCCCCCCUGGGGGUGAGAAGAUAGUGCUGUCUUGGCUCGGAUUCUUAUGUAGCAGGAGAUAAAAUGUAGAUUCAGCCUUCCUCACAGGCAUGUCCUGGACACCAGGCCAGUAUCUAUAGAAGUGCGUGUGUGUGUGUGUGUGUGUGUGUGGUGUGUGUGUGUGUGUGUGUAUGUGUGUGUGUGUGUGUGUAGACAAAUAUUUUAGAGGGGUAUUCUUGCCCCAAGUCCAAGAGGGUCCUUCGGUACCCAAGAAGUCACUUGGCUUUCAUUAUCCCUACUGCUCUUGUUUGCCUUCACACAGCUUUCUAGAAGCUUCCAUAAAAGCGCAUACGAAGCAGAAGGCUUCAGUACCUAUUUGCAGCCCACCUGCACUUAAGACACUCUGUUAUUUAGACUCAGCAUACUGUACCCAUUCCUUAGAUCUUAUAUAACGCUACUGUCCCACUGAGACAUACUUACAUUUUACCCUUUAGACUGUAGCCUAGAUAUUAUUAUUCCUGUAGUCUACCUGUUUUUCCCCCCUCCUCCCUGCCCAGUAUAAAAGGUAAAUAAUGUAUACAUGGCAAGAUUUGUGUGUUGUCUUGCAAGAUUCAGGUAUGUUGCCUUCACGGUUUCCCCCUCCUAGGUCCCUUAGACUACAUUUAGACAACUGUGGCCAUUAUCUGGAAGUUUCCAUUUGCACUGAAGUUCUACGCAAUCGCACCUUUUCCAAAGUUAACCGGUUUUGGGGUUGUGUUGUCCCCUACGAAAUUGUUGCUGUUUUGCCAUACUUUGUCUGUAAAAUUCCUUUUGCGUUUCUAUUGACUUUGAUUAUUAGUAAAAGUGGUUGUUUCUUGUAGAUGUCUAGGUACUUCAGGGGCACUUCAUUGAGAGUUUUGUCUUGGAUAUUCUUGAAAGUUUAUAUUUUUAUAAUUUUUUCUUACAUCGGAUGUUUCUUUGCAGUGGCUUAAUGUUUGAAAUUAUUUUGUGGCUUUUUUUGUAAAUAUUGAAAUGUAGCAAUAAUGUCUUUUGAAUAUUCCCAAGCCCAUGAGUCCUCGGAAAUAUUUUUUAUAUAUACAGUAACUUUAUGUGUAAAUAUGUAAGCGGUGUAAGUUUAAAGGAUGUUGAUGUUUCACGUGUUUUAUUCCUGAUAUGUUGUCCAAAUUGUUGACAGUUCUGAAGAAUUCUAAUAAAAAUGUAAAUGUAUAAAUCAAA